ACGUUACGCCGCGGCGGUCAUGGAUAAUGUUCCGUGCACAUCGGUGGCGGCAGCGACUUUAACUUUACCCCGUGAUCCGCGGACCGUAGUAGGCGUAGAACGGUUUGGCAUGGCAUGUCCUGUUUGUCCCUUCCUCAGCUCUGUUCGUUGUUCGCGUCCCCCUGGUCGCUCGGCGGCGCCCGUGUACGAAAAGGCGAGCGGUAUCCCGUCGUCAUCAUCUUGUCCGCCUGCGUGACUAUCGGCGGCCGAGUCGUCCUUUUCCGUUUAUCGAUUGCCUGACGCUGUUCAGAGUACCGCCAGGCGGUAUCCGUGACUUGUGACAGAAAUCGCGCCGAGGUCGAGCGCGAACCGUUCUCAGUCCGGUCGAUUUUUUCUCAUUUUUUGCAUUUUCCCAAGUGAUUACCAUCUCGGAUAUAUCCUGUUUGCGAAAGUUCUGGUUGUCUGUUGUUGGUGAGUUGCAGUUUAUCAGGUUGGAGGAUGCAAUUGGCAAAUAACACUAUGACAACUGCACCGACAAUGGGAUCGCUAUCUUCGAUAAAGGUGGAGCACACGAUAAACUUUAUCGAAGCUGUGAAGCGCCAUCAAGCGAUUUACGACACCACCCACCAGGACUACAAGAACAUCGAAGAGAAGACGAAAGCCUGGCGGAAUAUUGCUCACGAAAUGGACAUUACAGUCGAGGCUGCUAAACGAAAAUGGAAGAAUUUACGAGACAGCUAUACAAAAUAUCUGCGAUCAUUUCGAGUUGGCACGAAGACAUCUCGAAAGUAUCAAUUUUGGGCUCAUGCUGAGCACAUGGACUUCCUUCGCCCGUUCCAAGGUCCUGGGAGGUCGUCGAUUGCUCCAAAACCUGAAAGUGCACCCGUUGCUUUCUAUAACGGUCAUGAAGACGAUGCCGGUUGUGAUUUAGGCUUUGAAAUGGUGGAAAAGUGUUACCCCGACGAACCAAUUAGCGAAGAAAUAAUCUCCAAAACUGCAGCUUAUAGCACAAACGGAGCCACAUUAGCUAGUACUUACGACCGGAAGACCGUUUCCGCAUUGCAGGAGGUUGACUCGACGACCAUGUUCUUUCUAAGUCUUGCAAAAACCGUCAAGGAAAUGCCCCGGCAAAAGCAAUCGACUGUGAAGAUGCUUUGUAUGAAGAUCGUCCACGAUGCCGAAAUGGAAGUAGACAAUUCUGUGUCAGAAGGUGAAAGUUUCUCCUCAUCUGUGAAAAUUAUCUCAGGAGAAGAUUCUUCACCAACACUCCGCAACGGAGAAAUGGGUGGCAAUCACGAUUCAACGAAUGUGGCUCGUAUCUGCGCACAACCAUCGAGUCAACACCAAGCUAACGAAGUUAAUUCAGAACAUUUUCUCUAUGUUAUGUCGCCGUCACGGGUGGAGACAAUGAUUGAUAUUUCUUCCGAUGAUGAAGCUCCAAAGCCUUAAAUGCAAACACCAUCGAAGUUCACUUUAAAUGUUACAGGAAAAUUGCGUGAUUUGACUUCCGUGUUGUUAUUGCAAUUAUUUAGUGUCUUCGCUUUUUGGUCAGCGAGGGUACUGGGAAACCUUUGCCGAGUUUACUUCAUUUUAAUGGAAUUAGAAUUAUGUUGUA